AGUAUAAAUACAGAAGUUACGGGAAAGCUGAAAUCAGAUGGUGCUGGUCCCACUCCUCCAACCAACACACCCGAACUUAAACCAAACUCGAACUGGUAGGUUUCGUGUGAUUGUUGCGUCGCGAAGCCAUGGCGGAUUCUUCGAACCUGAAAUCCGACGCGAUUAUGGAGCAGAUGAAGCAGCACUUCGCCACUGACGCUGGCAAAAAGCUCACGGAAAAAAUUGGACUAGUUUAUCAAUUUCACAUUGCUCCGAAGAAACUUGGAUUUGAUGAGGUCGUCUACACCGUUGAUCUCAAGAAAGGAGAGGUCACCAAAGGGCUAUACGAAGGAGGAAAACCCGAUGCAUCCUUUUCAUUUAAGGACGAGGACUUUGUUAAGAUUGCCUUGGGAAAGAUGAAUCCGCAGAUUGCUUUCAUGAGGGGUGCGAUGAAGAUUAAGGGGAGUUUGAGUGCUGCUCAGAAAUUUACUCCGGAUAUCUUCCCAAAGCCUUCCAAGCUGUGAGCUGAGAUGCUUUCAACUACUUAAGAUUGCAAGAAUUAUCGUUUGAUGCACUCAACCAAAAUAGAUAGCAUCAACAUUUCAGGAAUAUAAUUAUAUAUCUUUAGGUAAUACAUGAUUUUAAUUUAGCGCUGUCCUGCAAAUCUGUCAUAUCUUUAUUGCAUUGUAAUGGGAUGUUUUAUGUAUGAAAAUAGUAUAUCAUACAUUGUUUACAA